AUGUCUCAAUCAUGUUCGAUAAAGAAAUGCAUUCGUACAUCACGUGGACUGUGUGAUUGUUGCCAGCAAAAUCUUUGUUUACAACAUUUAAAUGAACAUAAUGCUUCACUUAUUUCUCAACUCAAUCCUUUGACUGAUGAAAUUAAUGCACUUGGUGAUCGUCUCAAAACACUAAGUAUUCACAAAGCAAUUGCGGAUAGUCGUGAAAAACUUGAACAAUGGCGUGAAGAUUGUUAUAAGAAGAUUGAUUGUUUUUUCGAACAAAAAUGUCAAGAACUUGAUCAUCUUAUUGAUGAAAAAGUUGGCAAACAACGAGAAGAACUCAAACGAAUACAGUUGAAGAUAACUGAACUGAUCAAUACACAAGAAACAACUCGUCAAGAUAUCGACUUAUUGACAUCAACUAUUCGUGAACUUGAAAGAAAUAUGAACAACAUUGAAGAAGCAUGUUUUACGGUCGAUACUCGUCCAUUAUUAAUAGAUGACACGCACGUUUCGAUUGGAAGAACGACUGACCAUGAACUUGAUCAAUCAACUCUUUGGUCUGUCUGUAGAACAAUUGCUAGCCCUAAAGGCAGUUUUGCAUCGCUAAGUAGCAAUGAUCGACACUUGUUGAAACAUCAAGAACCAAAUUUAUGUUUAUUUGAUAGAGAAAUGAACAUCGUCAAACAAACAUUAUGGUCUUACGGUACAAUUCAUGACAUGUGUUGGUCAUCAAUAUUAGAUCGAUUCAUUGUACUUGGAAAAAAUAAUAUUUAUCUCAUUAACGAAAAUACAAUGUCAAUUGAUAAUGUGCAGAGAAUUGAAGGACGAAACUGGGGAUCGUGUACAUGUUCUGACAUAGUUCUUUUUGCAUCCAUAAUUGAACGUGCUUCAUCUAUUAUGGAAUUCACAUUAGUCCCAGCAAUUGAAUUAAUUAAAGAAUGGAAAUAUCCUCAUACAUGUACCAACGAUGAAUUUAUCACUGAUAUUGUUUACAACAACGGACAUCUUGCUCUGAUAGUUAUGAAUAAACCUGAGAAAUCGGUGCUCAUUGAUUUAAGAAAUGCCAAGACACUCAGUCGCAUUUGGACAUUUCAACCUGAUAUUAGAUGGGUCCAAAAUAAAAUAUUUCGUUGUUGUUCACUCACUUGUAAUGAAUGGCUCAUGGUCGACUAUGAGACUGGACGUCUGCUGCAGAUCACAAAAGAUGGGAAAAUCAAGAAAACAAUUAAAUAUCAUCCGGCUCCCUACCGUGCCAUUCUAUUCGGUUUAAAUAAACUAGCUGCAUCGACUAUGACUGAUGUAAGACUACAUGCAAUUCAAUAA